AUGACGUUCAGCAAAGACUCAGCAUUGCCUCUUGUUGAUAUAUUUGCCACCAUUGGAUUUAAUAACCACAACAUAUUGUACAGUAGUGCCGUUCUACUAGGCAUACCACGCAACACUAUGAACAUUCAACCUAAUCGUAUUGAUCUAUUGAGAAUUACGCAGAGAAAAGAAGCUCUUAUUGAAGAAGACAAAGAGACAAAGACCACAAUUGGUACUUUACACCUGACAAUUCAUCACCUGAUAUUCAAUUAUUCAGAAGAUGAGAUAUGGAUUCCUUAUUCUAUUGUACAUAUUGUUGAAAGACAACCACCUUCUUUUCAAACAGGUCGAUACCCAAUCCAAAUUAAAUGCCGAGAUUUUUCAGUUAUUACGUUAUCCUUUUUGAAAGAUGGUGAUGCUCUUGAUGUAUACGAAAGUAUACAGAGACUAGCCUGUGUUUCUUCCAUCGAUCAAUUAUAUGCAUUUUCUUACCAACCAAGAGAGCCUUUUACAACAAAUGAUGGUUGGAAUAUCUAUGAUCCUAUCAAAGAAUAUGAAAGAAUGGGUGUAGAUGUUAGCACAGAUCAAUGGCGGUUCUCUCUCAUUAAUAGAGAUUAUAAAUAUUCACCAACCUAUCCCAGAGUCCUUGUCGUACCAGCGAAAAUCAGCGAUACUACAUUAAAUUAUGCUGCAAAAUAUCGCAGCAAAGCGAGAAUACCCGCUCUAUCUUACGUUCAUUGGUACAAUUCAGCGACCAUAACGAGAAGCAGUCAACCAUUAGUAGGAUUUAAACAAGCCAGAUCAGUGCAAGAUGAAAAGCUCAUUGAAGCCAUUUUUUCAUCCAACGUACCCACUGGGCCAAAUGGUGAAACAUUAUAUGGCUCAACGGCGGCCAAUUUGAUUAUUGAUGCUAGACCUAUGGCAAAUGCUGUGGGUAAUGUCGCAAGGGGAGCAGGAACAGAGAAUAUGGAUCAUUACCGUAAUUGCAAAAAAGUUUAUGUAGCUAUCGAUAAUAUACACGUCAUGAGGGACAGCUUAACGAAAUUGACUGAAGGAUGGCUAAGACAUAUCGCAUUAAUUUUGGAUGGUGCGCUUACAAUUGUAAAGAAUGUCCAUGUGUAUAAUUCUCACGUUUUGGUACAUUGCUCUGACGGCUGGGAUCGAACAACUCAGCUGGUAGCGUUGAGCGAAUUAUGCUUGGAUCCAUUUUAUCGUACUUUUGAAGGGUUCCAAAUACUCAUUGAGAAAGAUUGGGUUUCUUUUGGACAUAAAUUCCAAGACCGUUGUGGGCACUUGACCAACGAUCCGAAAUUUACUCAGCAAAAAGAGACAAGUCCAGUUUUCCAUCAAUUUUUGGAAUGCAUCUAUCAACUUUUAUGUUUAUAUCCUACUCGAUUUGAAUUCACUGAAGCCUUUUUAAUUGAGCUUCAUUAUCAUCUUUACGCGUGUCAAUUCGGUACAUUUUUAUUCAAUUCAGAAUCAGAUAGAAGAGGCUCUUCGAUACAUGCUCAGUCGAAAACCUACAGCAUUUGGGACUACUUUAAUACCUAUAAACACGAAAAAGGGUUCAUUAACGAAUGUUACGAUCCUAUGAAAGAUAAAGACUUGGUGGAUGACGGCGGUGUGUUGAUGCCCGAUCCAACCAAAUAUAUAAAAGUGAAUGGAUAA